CACCCGCAGCGCAAUCUUGAAUUUCCCACUUACUAUGUACUUUCUGUUCUGUCGCUACCACCGUUAAUACAAUUAAGCAUCGUACACUGCUGCCAAACACUACAAGGGGAAAAAUGACACCCCGUUGCUUCAUUGUCCGUCACGGCGAGACAGAAUGGUCCCUUAACGGGCGGCACACCGGCACCACCGACUUGCCGCUUACAGCAAACGGCGAGAAACGGAUCAAGGCAACGGGCAAAGCACUGGUCGGCAAUGACCGACUGAUAGCUCCGAAGAAGCUGGUGCAUGUCUACGUAUCUCCACGCACCCGCGCCCAACGUACCCUCGAGCUCCUCGAAAUCGGCUGCAAAGAGAGACUCCCAUGGACCGAGACCAGAAAAUCAGAAGAGGAGGAACCCAUCCGCACGGAAGCCAAGGUGGAAAUCACCGACGCGAUCCGGGAAUGGGACUAUGGCGAUUAUGAAGGAUUGACGAGUAAGCAGAUCACAGAGCUGCGGGAGAAGAAUGGGCAGGGGCCGUGGGAUAUCUGGAGGGACGGAUGUCCAGGUGGAGAAUCCCCGGAAGACGUCAUCCGUCGACUUGAUGCCUUGAUCGCUGAGAUCAGGAAAAAAUACCACAGUAAAUGCUUCGAGAGCUCGUCAGGCGGCAAAGGGGACGUUCUGAUCGUCGCACACGGCCAUAUUCUGCGCGCAUUUGCCAUGCGCUGGACCGGAAAGCCACUCUCGGAGACGACCCUGAUUCUGGAAGCUGGCGGAGUCGGUACUUUGAGUUACGAACACCACAAUAUCCACGAACCGGCGAUCAUCCUCGGUACUGCCGGUUUCGUCGUAGAAGGGUAGGGUCGUGACUCAGAUCUCCCCACAGGGCACAAGACAUCUGCCUCGGUCAGCAUACCCCAACAGACAAUAUAGAUAGCGAAUCCUAGAUAUAAACCGCAUCAUAGCAUCCUGCAAUGCCAUCCAAGAGUCUAC